ACGUUGUUUUCUAUAUCAAUCCUGGCUAACCGAACCCGACCUGAUUGAAGAUUAAAAAAGUGAUUAAAACACUAACCAAAGUUCUAAUUGGAAACUGAGAGCCUAAUAAAAUUUUUAAAAAAAUCCACGCGCACCGUAUCAUUUCUCCUUUUAUUCUUUUUCUUUUUGGUGGUUCCUUUCAAAAAACGAUCCUCGGCUUCGCCGGCACGUGACUCGGCCGUUCGUUUCAGUUCAACUGCCUCCUUAACUGCCAAUCACCGACCUCCGGUCACGUGACCGUCCCUCAUUUUUUGCUUUUGCCGGUUCCGCCAUGAGAAAGCCUCAAUUUUUAGAUCUCUAAAUUCUAAAUCUGAAUCUGAAUCUGAAUUUAGAUUUAGAUUUUUAGAUAAAAUAUAUUUUUAGAGCUAUGGCGACGAGGAAUAGGACGCUGAUAUUUAGAAAAUACAGGGACGCGUUGAAGAGUGUUAGAAUUCCGGUGAGCUCGUCUGCGGCUUCGGCAUCGUCAGCGGCUGUGGCGACGAGCUCCGGCGGAGGACCGGUGAUUGAGAUGGUUAGUUCUUCGUUGCUCCAUCCAAAUCGCUCUUAUACUCCUCUAAAUACGGAGGAUCCUGGAAAUUCAAGUAAGGGUGCAAUUACAGUGGGUCUACCGCCAGCUUGGGUGGAUGUGUCUGAAGAAAUAGCAGCCAAUGUGCAACGUGCACGGACCAAAAUGGCCGUGUUAGCCAAGGCUCAUGCAAAGGCCUUAAUGCCUUCAUUUGGUGAUGGUAAAGAAGAUCAACGCAAUAUUGAGGCUCUUACCCAUGAGAUAACUAAUCUGUUGAAGAAAUCGGAGAAGAGAUUACAGAAACUCUCUGCCGCUGGACCUUCUGAGGAUUCAAAUGUCAGAAAAAAUGUUCAGCGGUCACUUGCCACAGAUCUUCAGAACCUUUCAAUGGAGCUUCGGAAGAAACAAUCAACUUAUUUAAAGCGCCUCAGGCAGCAAAAAGAGGGUCAGGAUGGAGUUGAUCUAGAGAUGAAUCUAAAUGGAAAUAGAUCUAAAGCAGAAGAAGAUGACUUGGAUUAUAUGGUAUUUAAUGAGCAUCAAAUGGCAAAGCUAAAACAAAGCGAGGCAUUCACCAUUGAGAGGGAAAGGGAGAUCCAACAGGUUGUGGAGUCAGUAAAUGAGCUUGCUCAGAUUAUGAAGGAUCUCUCGGUUCUUGUGAUUGAUCAGGGCACAAUUGUUGAUCGGAUAGACUACAACAUUCAGAAUGUUGCAACUACAGUCGAAGAAGGCCUCAAACAGCUACAGAAGGUCUUUGGCCUUUGUCCAUUAUUGAUCUACAAUUACAUGUUUUCUGGGACUCUCUCUCCCUCUCUAUCUCUCAUUCUUGUGUGGAUUGGACUUGCAGGCGGAGAGAACACAGAAACAAGGAGGGAUGGUGAUGUGUGCUUCAGUGCUUGUUAUUAUGUGCUUUGUCAUGCUGGUCCUCCUAAUCCUCAAGGAGAUACUCUUUUGAUCUGCAAGCAUGGUUUUCCUUUUUUGGUCCUUCUAAGUUUUUUGGAGAAAAAGAGAAGGGAGGGAAAGGCGGUUGUUUGACCUGGGUUUCAAGUAGCAAAAGGAUGCCCCGAGAUCUGUAUAGAGCUUAUAAUGUAUUCUUUUCCUUCAACAAGGAGCUGCAUUGAUUCUUUUAGACUCCAUGGGAGUUUUCUUGCUGGUUCCCAUACGAGGAGAUGAGGCUCUUGCCUAUUUACUUGUAUCAAUUCUUUUGAUUUGAGAAAAAAAAAUGACAUUCAUUUUGUUAUAACAUAUACGAGACUGGCAUUCUACGGAAAUUUCCCCUUGAAUUUGUCAUGUUAAGGUUGCCACGAGAAUUGAGAGAAAUGGCUGAAAGUAAAGGAAAUCUAUUACCUUUGUUUUCUCAAGCACUAAAAUCUCUUGUUUUUUGAUCAUCAUGGUGAUCUUAAUGACAACAGGUGUCAAUUCUCUUACAGCAUUGUCCAAUACUAUUAGGAGUGUAAGCGAGCAAAAUUUUUGAAAAAUUGUUCGUAAAUAUAUUAUGUUUUUGUUUGUUU